AUGUUAAGAUCAAUCCCAUUUGCUACUAGAUCAAUCAGAUCAUUUUCAUCAACUUCAAAGGUAUUAGGUACUAAAAUCUUCUUUGAAACUUCAAUUGAUGGUGAAAAACAAAAACCAAUCAAAUUUGAAUUAUAUGAUGAUAUAGUUCCAAAAACUGCUGAAAAUUUCAAAGUUUUAUCAACUGGUGAAAAAGGUGUUGGUUAUAAAGGAUCAAUUUUUCAUCGUAUAAUUCCUGAUUUCAUGUUACAAGGUGGUGAUUUUGAAACUGGAAAAGGAUAUGGUGGAUAUUCACCAAUUCAUGGUAAAAAAUUUGCUGAUGAAAAUUUUAAAAUUAGACAUGAUAGAGAAGGCUUAUUAAGUAUGGCUAAUGCUGGACCAAAUACUAAUGGUUCUCAAUUCUUUAUUACUACUGUUCCUUGUCCUUGGUUAGAUGGUAAACAUGUUGUAUUUGGUGAAGUUAUUGAUGGCUAUGAUGUUGUUAAAAAAAUUGAAAGUUAUGGUACUCCAUCUGGUCAAACUAGUUCAAAAAUAGUAAUUGAAGAUUCUGGAAUUGCUAAAGAUUAA